GACACUUCCGGCCCGGUGACAGUUGUCAGGGUUACCGCGCAAGAAGUAGCACAGAGGAGGGGUUUUCAACUGUUUUUACUCACAUUUCUGAUGCUUCUGCUUCACUUGUGACCACAGCGGACCCCCAGCCCCCCGCAGAGGCACAUACCCCGCACCAGGACCGGGAGCAGGAACGGGAGCAGGACCCGGAGCAGGACCCGGAGCAGGACCCGGAGCAGGACCCGGGCCACGGCGCACUCACCCGCGGCUGACGCUGUUUUACCGUCAUUUUGGCGAAUCCGAGCUGGAAGUCCAACAUGACCCAACAGGCUGCGGCUCUGCAGACCUACAACAACGAACUGGUCAAGUGCAUUGAGGAUUUGUGCUCAAAGCGUGAGGAGCUGAACCGUCAGAUCAAGCAGGAGGAGGAGGAGAAGGAGCGGCUCCAACACGACAUCCGCGUCCUGUCCGAGAAGCUGAGCCGAGUGAACGAGAGCCUGGCACAGAGACUGACAGCACGAGCCACCUUUGACCGGACCAUCGCAGAGACUGAGGCUGCAUAUACCAAGAUCCUGGAGAGCUCCCAGUCCCUCCUGAGUGUGCUGAAGCAGGAGGCCGGACACCUGAGCCGGGCCACCGAGCCUCGACGUAAAGACCACUGAUGUUUACGGAGGGCCCUGAACGCCACACGGACUCGAGAUAAUGUAUUUGUUGUGUUUUUAGUUAUUGUAAUACACCAAUAUUUUUUGUAAAUGAAAUCCAGCAUUCCAAA